CACUUCCGGCCCCGACAGUUCCAUUUCACGUCCGUUCUCCCGCUUCGACCCGGAAGCAGAACCUCCUCCCCUCCGCGCAUGCGCCAAACCGACGACGGCGAACGUACGUGAGGCGACGUCGGCGUCAUGACGCAGCAAGGGGCGGCGCUCCAGAGCUACAACAACGAGCUGGUCAAAUGUGAGGCGAAGUUUCGGCGAAGCUCGCUACUCGAGCUCACGCUCCGGCGGAGGGAGUAGGCCGCGUUGCUAGGGCGAAGGCGGCGUCGCUAGGGAAAGCGCGGCGGGGAUUGGCUGGCGAGGGAGGGAUACGGCCAAUGGGAGAGGGCGAGGGGAAAGGCGAGCGUUGCUAUUGGCCGAGCGGCGUGAGGGGCGGAGACGUAUGAAGGCCGUGCGUCGGGACUAGGCCGCGUUGCUAGGGCGAAGGCGGCGUCGCUAGGAAAGCGCGGCGGGGAUUGGCUGGCGAGGGAGGGAUACGGCCAAUGGGAGAGGGCGAGGGGAAAGGCGAGCGUUGCUAUUGGCCGAGCGGCGUGAGGGGCGGAGACGUAUGAAGGCCGUGCGUCGGGACUAGGCCGCGUUGCUAGGGCGAAGGCGGCGUCGCAAGGGAAAGCGCGGCGGGGAUUGGCUGGGCAGGGAGAAAGAAGGCCAAUGGGAGAGGGCGAGGGGAGGGCCGAGCGUUGCUAUUGGCCGAGCGGCGUAUGAAGGCGGUGCGAAGCGACUAGGCCGCGUUGCUAGGGCGACGAGGGAGAGAGCGAGACGGGGAUUGGAAGGGGAAAGAGGGAGAAGGCCAAUGGGAGAGGGCGAGGGGAAAGGCGAGCGUUGCUAUUGGGCGAGCGGUUCGAAGGGGCGGGCGCAGGCGUGAGGGGAGGCCGCGUUGCUAGGGCGACGAGGGAGAGAGCGAGAAGGGGAUUGGAGGGAGAAAGCCAAUGGGAGAGGGCGAGGGGAAAGGCGAGCGUUGCUAUUGGGCGAGCGGUUCGAAGGCGGGCGUAGGCGUGAGGGCGAGGACGUCGACGCCGGAGGGAGCGCGGCGCGGAUUGGUUGGCGGAGGAGGGAGAAGGCCAAUGGGAGUGGGGCUCCGAGGAUGGCGGGAAAUUCGAGCGUUGCUAUUGGCCGCGUGGUUCGAAGGGGGCGGAGGCGCGGAUGUACGCGCGCUCCUAUUGGCCGCGUGGUUUGACCGGGCGUGGAAGGACGCGCGUUGCUAUUGGCCGCGCCGCGUGAGGGGCGGAGACGUUUGACUGUCGCCGAGUUGCUAUUGGACAAGCUGGUUGAGAAGCUUGAGGGCAGGCUGCGUUGCUAGGGCGACGACGUCGGUGAUUGGCUGGGGAAGGAGAGAGGCGGCCAAUGGGAGGAGGGCGAGGCGACGGGCGGGAAAGUCCGCGCGUUCCUAUUGGCCGCGCGGGUUGAGGGGGCGGAGAGGGGGCGUUGCUAUUGGCCAGGCUGGUUUAAGGGGCGGGCCCGCGGCCUAGCGGGGUUGCUAUGGCGACGAGGCCUAGCUUGCGCUACUGAAUUUAUUGAUUAUUAUUAUUAUUAUUAUUAUUAUGGUUUAAACUGAAUCGUGAUUAAAUUAUUAUUAAUUUUAAUUAUGAAUUUAAGUAAAUUAAUAACUUAAAUCCCAACACUGCUGACUAGAAUCUUGAAUUAAAUCUCCAGAUAAUAAUAAUAAUAAUAAUAAUAAUAAUAAUAAUUAGUAUUAGUAUUCUUAUUAAUAAGUCUCCAAGUAUUGAGGACCUUAUUAUUACUAUUAAUAUCACUAUUACUAUUAUUAUUAUUAAUAAUAAUAUUAGUAAUACUCCAGGCAUUGAGGACCUUAUUCUUAUUAUUCCUUUUAUGUUUAUUAUUAUUAUUAAAUAUUAUUAUUAUUAUUAAUUAUUAUUCCUAAUUCCCCAAUCAUUGAGGACCUUAUUCUUAUUAUUAUUACUAUUAUUACUUUUAUUAUUAUUAUUAUCAUUAUCAUUAUUCCUAAUUCCCCAGCCAUUGAGGACCUUAUUCUUAUUAUUAUUACUAUUAUUACAUUUAUUACUAUUAUUAUUAUUAUUAUCAAUAUUAUUAUUAUUAUUUAUUAUUAUUCCUAAUUCCCCAGGCAUUGACAUUCUUAUUAUUACUAUUAUUACUAUUAUUAUUAUUAUUAUUAUUAAAUCUCAUUAUUAUUAUUAUUAAUUAUUAUUCCUAAUUCCCCAGGCAUUGAGGACCUUAUUCUGAUUAUUACUAUUAUUACUUUUAUUAUUAUUAUUGUUAUUAUUAUUAUUAAAUCUUAUUAUUAUCAUCAUCAAUAUUAUUAUUAUCAAUAUUAUUAUAAAUAAUAAUUAUUAUUAUUCCUAAUUCCCCAGGCAUUGAGGACCUUAUUCUUAUUUUUACUAUUAUUACUUUUAUUAUUAUUAUUAUUAUUAUUAAAUCUUAUUAUUAUCAUCAUCAAUAUUAUUAUUAUCAAUAUUAUUAUAAAUAAUAAUUAUUAUUAUUCCUAAUUCCCCAGGCAUUGAGGACCUUAUUCUGAUUAUUACUAUUA